UCUCGCUGCCGAAAUUGUGGAUGAAGGGUACUGUGAUACGGACUGUAACGAAUGUUGCUAACACCACGUCGACCUACAAGGUGAAGAUCAGUGCCCCCAAGGAAGUGCAAGUGCACGUUUCGCCAUCGCGAUUUACCAUAGCCCCUGGGAAAAGACUUCGUUAUAAGGUGACUGUUGUGGUGAAGCAGCGAUUCGGAAUGUUCAAGUUUGGCAGCCUCACAUGGGUGGAUGACAAGGGCCAUUCGGUGCGCUCAGUACUCGCUCUGCAUUGCAAACAGUCAUGCUGGUACUGGUGCUAGUAGCCUUGUGGAAGUAGCUUUGCUGAGUAGUGUAUUUUUGUUACAUCCAGUUUCUCAUAAAUGUCUGGGUACAUU